AUGGCUCGUCACCAACGCCCAAUUGAUGGUCCCGCCGACUACCCAGUCGGUGACAAACGCGAGCAAACCGGUCUCUUGACGCGCUUCGUGCCCGACAGAUUGAAGACGACGGCGCUGUACCGCUGGAUCUUACGCUUCACCCGCCUUCUACAGUUCAUAUCGUCCGUCAUUUCUCUGGGCAUCUUCAGCCAGCGCAUAUACAAGGUCUACCGCCUGGUUAACAGCAUCAAGACCCGGCGCGGCGUCAACGGCGCAUACGGUGCUGUUGAAGGCAUCCUCGCCGCCGCUGUGCUGUACACGCUCAUCACCGUCCUUCUAUCAUGCAUCAAGAAAUCUGCCAACCCCGGAGGAAGGAAGCUACGAUGGUUCUGGGUUCUUCUCGAUCUACUGUUUGUUGGAGCGUUCAUUGCAGUCGCAGUGCUGACCCGUCCAAAUGGCGGCCGCGCUGGCGCCAGGCACUGCUAUAGCCCUAGGCGUCUAGUCGGUGGUGAUAGCUCGAGCACCAUCACCGGUGAGACGGCAAACAGACGCGAUGAUUCUUGCAACCUACCUUGGGGCACAUUCAUCUUGGCCAUCAUCAGCACGCUUCUUCACGCAAUCACCGCUGCAUUCCACGAGAUCAAGGACUACCGUCACAAGAACAGGCUUGACCACGAGAAGAACCUCCAGAGCCAGUAUGCCGCUGGUCAGCCUGGUGCACCUGCCAGUUCGCAUGACGCUCGUUAUUAA